CACCAAACGAUUAUGUUAACGUAUUGGUAAUAACGUACUGAACCUGGGGGUAUAUAUGCCGGUAGUACUCCAGCUGAGGUAAACACUUUGUCGCUAGAAGAGUUUUACGACGGCCCAGCAUGUACGCAUUAUUGUUAGUGAUAGCGAUUGCAGCGCCAAUUGCAUUAACAGCUCCAGCAGACGAUGUGAUUCCAAUUGUCAGUCAAACACAAGACGGACCUAACCCCGACGGGUCGUACAAAUGGGCCUACGAGUCGGGAAAUGGAAUCAAGGCCCAAGAAGAAGGACAAGUGGCCAAUGCCGGAAGUGAAAAUGAAGCUAUGCAAGCUAACGGUGAAUACUCGUACCGCGGGGACGAUGGGCAGGAAAUUUCGCUGAAGUACACUGCUAAUGAAGAGGGUUUCAAGCCAGAGGGAGCUCAUUUGCCUACCGCGCCACCUAUUCCCCCACUCAUCCAGAAAGCACUUGAUUGGAUCGCAGCGCAUCCUUCCAAAGAAGACCAGAACAAUGUUUAAUGGAUUUUGAUUGUGUUUUCGAUAUUUUUUACGAGGAUUUAUUAUUGUAUUGAUAUUAUGUAUAUAUUUAUUGUGUUAAUACCUGCAAGCUAUCGAUCAAUAAAUAAUUGUGAAUCGAUUUUAAAAA